AUGACUCUACAAUGGACAGCAAUUGCAUUGAUUCUGUACGCAGAAAUCUUCAUUGUGUUAGCGCUUCUUCUGCCGUGGAUAAGACCUUCGAGAAGUCGUCUCAUGAAAAUGUUCGAAAAAUAUACGAAUGUCUAUUCGGUAGCAGCAAUUGCCGUUCUUUUGCUGCUUUUCUUUGAUGCAAUUCGUGAGGUUCGUAAGUACUCGUCCGAGAUUCGCUUGGACUCACACUCUUCGUACGUGACGGCCGAUUCGGGAAAUGUGCUUCAUAUGCGAUUGUUCCGUGCCCAACGAAAUCUCUACAUAUGCGGAUUUGCACUCCUCCUAUUUCUGGUCAUCAAACGUCUUGUGGCGUUACUUUCGCGUGGCGCACAACUCGAGGCAGCCGCCGAAGCAGCGAUGCAUCAGGCGGAAGGUGCCAACAAGGUGGCCAAAUCGCUUCUGAGUGAAGGUCAGGGUGAGGGUGAGCAAGAGGAUGAACUGCGAAGGCAACUGAAAGAAAUGCAAGAGCAGAUAGAGGCGACGAAAGAGGAGAAGAACGAAUUGAAGGAGAAAGCCGAUAAUCUUCGCGAGGAAUACGAACGCCUAAGUGAGCAACUGGUUGAGCUUAAGGUUGGUCGUGCUCUUGUUUGA